UCACAACUUCGGCCCAUGGAAGUUGCUCAACCAUCGUAAAGGAUGACAGUACAGUGUACGGUCCAGGAGACAUUGUUGGGUGUGGCAUUGUAAUGGAGACAGCCAGACUCACUGAAGAUGGACGACUUCAGCCGCAGCAGCUGCUGGAUGUGUAUUUCAGCAAGAAUGGAGUCAAGGUGCAUGAAGCCAAGUUUUGCUACCAGAGUGAUGGAUUGUUCCCCUGUGUGUGCCUUCACCACGACCAAGAUCGAGUCCAGCUGGCAAACUAUUAUCCUGGCUGCUUUCCAGUCGAGAAACAGGUGGAUGACAAAACCACAAAACAAGCACAGGACAAAGAGGCUGUGUUUCCUGAAGGAUGUCAGUUCGUGGUGGUGUCUGUCGCUUCUUCGGAGCAGGGGUCAGAUGAGAAAGCCAAACUGGAGCUGAUUGAAAACAGUCUUGACCUUCACCACGACAUGACAGUGAUUGCUGAUCUGAAGUCAGAAGUGCAACGGCUUGAAAAGAACCUGGCCACCCUGGACUUCCAGGGCCAGAACUACUACAGCCGUCUGUGUUGGAAACUGGAAUGUCUGCAGAGAAUCUGUCAACAGAAGGACAGACUCCAUUUCAUGUCUGUCAACACCAAGUCAAUGGAGGGCUAUGACAAGCUGGUGGAUAAUCUGAUCAGCCUCCAUGAAAAUCACAGAAACCAGUACCCCGUGCAAUACGAUGUCCACACAUUUGUCCAGAAAGGCCUUGAGAAGAUUGUUGCUGUUGUCAAGUCUCACAGGAUUGUGCCUGUGUCAAGUUUGCUGAAUCUGACAGAGGACAUUCUGCAGAACUCCUGCCAGGUCUACAAAGAGGCUGUGCGGAUCCUACACAACAUGGGUCAACUGUUCCUUGUUAAGUUCAACUGUGAUGAGUUUGCUGUGGACCGAGGAUUUCUCCACAAGGUGUUUGCCCAGGUGGCGUCUGUAGAGGGAGGGAACCCAAGACCGGCGGGUGGUGGUGGCAGGGGAGGGCACUCUGCUGUGGGAAGAAGACGUCAUCACAUCAGCAAGAGAAAUGGACAAGGAACAGACAAGUGUGUUGAAGCAGCUGCUGAUCCAGAUGGGCCUCCUCCGAGUUCCGUGUUUGAGGACAGACCCGUCAGACCCUUCCCACUUCUUUACCCUCACAAAGCAUAUUGGCCAGGCCAGCACAAGUAUGUCUGACUACUGGGCCAAGGGCAAGAGACCACCUGACAGUGUGUUGAUAUGGAGGACAUACAAGUUUGUGACGGGGAUGCCAUCCAG